AUGGACUCCUCACCAUCGGCGACUUCGGGAUCAAGUCUGUCCCCGAAGAAGCGCCUGCUUGACCUGCCCAACGAGCUUAUCUGCUGCAUCGUCGACUCUGUCGUUCUUUUGGGGAAGGACAGAUACGAUGAUUCCAGAAAUACCCAGACCAUAUCGAGCCUUUCGCGCACCUGUCAGAUAUUCCACCAUCUCUGCAAUCCUCAACUGUACUCCACUAUCAACUUGGAUGAGUCCAAAGAAGCCGCCGGUCUCUUGAUCCGGUCACUUAUUGAGGCGCCCGAACUUGGGAUUCACCUGCAGCGUCUUACGCUACGCGUGAUAUGGGAAUCGGCAGAACACUGUGAAAAGGGAUUGCGGAGACGACUUACACAAUCGCAGAGCAAUGCAAGACAUCAUCCGGGAACUCUACCGAAUUUGCGGCACUUGGAACUGGAAGACCCUGCCGUGUACUUUAUGAACAUUCCCGAUGUUCCUCGCAUCUUCACCAGUCUGCUUGCGCUGCCUCCUCUCACAUCGAUUCUUACACGAUACGACAACGAUCGAUGGGGAGGUCUCGCCCAAGUCGCUUCUGCUGUACCUUUCGCCUUGGAACAGAUCCGCUUCCACGAAACUGCAAUACGAGGACCCGAAUUAUGCCGGCUACUCCAGCUGUGCCCCGGUCUCCGAGUCCUCGAAAUCGAAAUCGAUUAUCACUUUUUUUCUCCUUGCUUCCAGCCCGCCACACACCCGGGUAUUACCACUCACCUUUCUACGGCGCUCUCCUCACUUUGUCCGCGCUUGCAGAGACUUACAUUGCUACAUGGGGACCUCUCAGCACUUCGUCUCCCUGACGAACCACGCCUCACGUGUCUUACAGACUUGGAAGAUCUCACCGUAUUGGAGACCGAACUGCCAACCAUCUUCCGAAGUCCCGAAGACAUGGUGAACGUGGAUAUCGCCGCGCGUCUGCCAGCCAAGCUCACGGAGCUGACUCUCCAUGACAUUUGGUACUCAGAUCCGAGAUAUUGUCUGUAUUCUUUGGCGCCAGGCUCUCGUCCUUGGAUUCAUGAGAGGUUGGAUGCCAGAACUGAACCUCUGACUGCGAUGCUCCUGCGUCUGGCGUCAUCUUGUUUGGCCGGUGAGCUGCCUGAUCUCCGAAGAGUGGCCGUCAAGACGCCAACAUACGAACACGACAGAGGCAACACUUGCGACAGUAUCUCAGAAGCUUUUGCCAAGACUGGAGUUUUGUUCGAACUGAUUUCCGCUCACUCAACUUUUCCGUGUCCAUUAACGCGAUAA